CAUUUCUAACUGCAGCUCUGGCACAUUUGGAAUGAGUAAACUCGAUAAAAAGGAAGGAAACACGGGUGUGGUGGGAAGACACUUUUGGAGAAUUGAAAACAGCGACGGAAAAGGUGCACAGGAGAAAUGCUUUAGUUGGGCCAGAAUGAAUGUAGACUGGGAUCUUCUCACCUGGUAUAACCAAUUCAUAAAAUCAGACCCGGAAAUGGCCUGCCCUUGUACUGGUCGGCAGGCAAGGUUUGAUUGGGGACGAUUCAGGUGGAGUUGGUGGAACUCAUGGCCAAACUGGUGUUUUGAGUCUAGACGAUCCAGGCGUUUUGUUCUUUCCACGGAGAAAACUGAGCGUAUAGAUGUUUUGCUGAGACAACAGUGCUGUUACUCUAGGGAAUGGGAAGACUGGGCCGCUCUUAAGCAAGGACCACCUGACGGUGGACGAAUAAAAGUCACUUUAACCUUCUACGGGAACAAUAGCAAGGAAACCUUUUACACAGAUGAGGAGGCUUUCAAAUCUUGCUGCGUCGACAUACCCCGCUGUAAUUUGUUUUAUAAAUAUCGUCCGUCCAAUGACUGCUCCGGUUACAGACCUCCAAUUAGACGAUGGUUCUGGGGUGAUCCUCAUAUCAAGACACUGGACGGUGGUAACUACACUUUUAACGGUAUUGGUGAAUACAUUAUGGUCGAUGCACAAAACGGAACAUUUCAACUUCAGGCCAGAACAAAACUUGCUCAAGGAAAUUCAACAAAAGCGACUAUCUUCUCAGCAGGAGUAGCUAAAGAAGAAAAUACGAGCACCAUUGAGGUCAAGGUGAAAGACGGAGGUGGCUUCCAUAUAUUGAUUGACAGUGAAUCCUAUUAUGGCUUUAACAACUUAACAAACAAAACUGAGGAGGUUGGUAGAAAUCUUUCUGUCUCCAAAAUAGACGAAGACUGUUUACAAGUUUCCUUUCCGUCAACAUCGUCAGUGCAGUUCUGUGAGAAGAAGGAGAUGAUGUCCUUUGUUGUAACUCUCGGAGAUAGGUUUAAAAACGCCACGAAAGGAUUGCUGGGAACAUGGAACGAUGACACUGAAGAUGACUUUACAUUGCCUGAUGGGACACUUUUAUCAUCGUCGUCAUCGUCGUCACUGAGGAAGAUUCACUUUGGUUUUGGUGUUAAAUGGCAAAUCAACCAGUCCCAGUCUCUUUUCACUUAUGCUGAUAAUAAAAGCGUGGCCAGCUUUUCGGACCUUGAUUUCGUACCUAUGUUUGCUGAUAACAUCACUUGGCAAAAUGACAGCAUAGAACAAGAAGCUAAAGCACAAUGUGGAGAUGAUCACGAGUGUCUGUUUGAUGUAGCUUCCACCAACGACUUGUCUGUGGGCCUGGCAACCAAAGAUAUAAGUGUCCAGCUGGUGAAUGAAUCGAAACAACUAAACAACUUUCCACCUAAGAUAGGAAACACUUCCGAUGAAAUAAACGCCACACUUCACAAAAUAAUUGAACUGGACAUAACAGCUGAGGACGACAGCGCCAUCACGUUUCGCGUGAUUAACAAACCUGUGGGAGCCACUUGGAACCAAACUGGAAACGUUCUGUUGUUUCAUUGGAAAGUAACGUCAUCACAGAAGAUCAAUCUGACUUUCGUUGCUUCUGACGACCAAGGUGCCAGCGCCAUUUGGAGUCCAACCAUUAGAAUGUGCGCGUGCCAACAUGAUGGUCAAUGCGUAGAGCCAGAAGAAGGCGACGCAGAAAACACUGACAGCAAGUUUGUAUACCUGGGCUGUGUGUGUCAGGGAGGGUACACAGGAAGGUUCUGUGACAGCGACAUUGAUGCCUGCAAAUUGAAUGGUGAGCCGUGUUACGCGGGAGUUGAGUGCACUGAUCUUCCUCCACCAGCUAAUUCCAGUGGAUAUGAAUGUGGACCUUGUCCAUCAGGGUACACAGGAGAUGGAGCGCAGUGUGUAG